AUGGAUCUCAAAACCACAGAAAUGGAGAAGGCACAAACAAGUCUUUCCGAUUACCAAGCUUUUGCUCAAGAAAAAUUCGCAGCACUCGAGUCACAACUGGAAGCACAAGCUGUGGUAGAUAAGCGUACACUCGAUUCGUAUCGCUUAGAAAUUGAUAACAAACUUUCGCAAAAGCAACAACAACUCGAUGAAGCCGAACAACGCGAACUCAAAUUAAAAGAGCGUUUCAAUUUAUUGGCGAUUUCCGAGCAAGAGUUGCGUGAAAAAUUUACUAGCACUAAAAUUGCCUACGCCGCCCGCUUCCAGGCGGCCACAGAACGCGAACAUGACUUGAAUGAACGAGUGCAAGCGCUGACAAAGGAACUCAAUGAGCUUAGAGCUUCCAAUGAGAAUAGGGAACGCGAGUUGCGUGACAAGUUAAAUCUGUCGCAGGAUGAGAUUUCGGUUUUACGAUCCUCACAGCACAGCUUUAACGAGAGCCUGGAUCGCAGCAGUGGCAUUAGUUCGCCACGCAACUCCAGUAUGUCGGAACUGGCGCGUCUGAAAGGUGAAGCGGAUAGUUUGCAUUGUGUGUUGGAGUUAAAACAGAAGGAGAUUUCCAAGUUGACUAAACAUAAUGAGGAGCUAAUGCGUGAUGCUGAGGAACGUGUCGUUUUGCAGAGCAAAAUAUCUUUGCUUGAAUCAAACAAUGAGAUGUUGAAGUCAGAGCUGGAUAUCAAGUCGGAGAAGGAGAAGGACUUUCUUCGUAAAAUCAAUGACAAAACAAAAGAGCAAAAGGAAUCUUGGAGAGCUACCACGGGAAGAGAAGACGUUAACAGGUAUUUUAUUCCCCGGGAGAGUCCUCACUUCGGAGGAAGUAGGGAAGAGGGUUAUCUUUUUACAGAUGAAAGAAUGGAUCUGGAACCGCCUGAUGAAGAGCCAAAUGAAGACAAGACAAUUAAAGUCGUUGACGAUGGGGCUAUGACAAUAGAAGAUGCAGUACUGAAUCCAAAGGCCAAGAAGAAGAAACGGAUGGCAUGUCUACCAAUCAAACACAUACAACAAUUACCGAAAGGCGAAUGCAGUGAAGAGGAUAAUACUAAAUUACAAAAAAAGAAGUGUCACAUCAAAGGUACACCGUCGUCUAAUGUGAAAGAUGAAAAGUCAGCAGGAUACCGUUGUAACGAAUUUGCAGAAAUAGUGAUGAACAAACUAAUUCAACAUAGAAAGGCUCGUAGUCAUCGUGAACGUCACUUAGUUGGCGAACAUGACACGAUCACAAAUUCUUUCGACAUAUAUAACUGCUACUUACCUCCUAGCCUUAGCGACGAAGAAUACAGGCGUACUAUCGACAACCUAGUGGGCGAUGCCAGGCGCAACACCAAAGUGAUAAUAGCUGGUGAUUUGAAUGCCUUGGCUAUCGAAUGGUAA